AUGCACAUGGAACGGAGUGUCGUCGCCUUUGCAGUGGCCACUCGAGCGAGUGUGACGCUACUGGCACUGCUGACGUCGACCAUCGUGACCCCUUACGACACUUCGUCUCACCUGCAGUCGGGCGGAUCCCCGCUCGCAGCGCUGAGCAACUGGGACGGCGUCUACUUCUCGCACAUCGCCCAACACGGCUACGACUUUGAGCACUUUCACGCCUUCUUUCCGCUCUAUCCGCUGUUGACGCGGUGGUUGUCGCACUUGAUACCGCUAAAUGCCGCGUCGGCAGUGAUCGCUAGUGGAUGGUGCAUCAGCAACGCGAGCUUUGUGCUGGCUGCGCUAUUCCUCUAUCGCUUGGGCUGUAUCGAAAUUGGGGACGAACUCGUCGCCCGACGAGCAGCAUACCUCUUUUGUGUGGCCCCGUCAAGUAUCUUUAUGUCGGCGGUCUACUCGGAGAGUCUCAUGUGUCUCUUCAGCUUCAGCGGCAUGUACUAUCUGGCCAAACACGUUCAUGCACCCAAGCCACGUCGAGCGUUUCGAGAUCUAGUGUACUGCGCCAUGCUGUUUGGUGCGGCUUCUGCAACGCGAUCCAACGGUCUUUUGCUAUCAUUAUUCAUCGCGUGGCAUCGACUGACAGUUUCGCCCUCACCAAAAAAGCUGUGUCGAUUCUUCGUCUUCUGGAUACGAACAGCAGUUCUCGGUGCGCUAGCGAUCGUACCUCAGAUCAUCUAUUUCGUUGUGUCGAUGGUGCCAUAUUGCCCGUCACUGGUGCAGCACCUCGGCGGGAAGAUUUCGGAAACUGCGGAGAUGAAGGAUCGUAGCUGGUGCGCUGAAGUGAUCCCGAACUUAUCUGCCAUGUACACGUUCAUCCAGAGUGAGUACUGGAAUGUGGGUCUGUUCCGCUACUACGAGUUGAAGCAGUUGCCAAAUUUCCUUCUCGCUGCGCCGAUACUCUCUCUUAGCGUGCCCGCGCUUCGAGGAUACUUUCGCGGCAAUGUCGUGCCUGGACGAUCCCGAGCGACACUUUACCAAGAAGUGAAUACAGGAAGCGGCCGAGGCACUGCGUUGGCUCCUUAUUAUGCCCACUGGAUGUUCUUGGUAGUAAACGCGCUGCUUGUCGUUCACAUCCAGGUGACGACGCGAUUGUUGUGUGCGUGUCCGCCGCUAUUCUGGCAUCCUGCCGCGUUGUUAUGCGAUCCAGCCGUUGAACGGAAAGCGUCUCCCGUUUUGACGGGGUACGGUCGCGUCAUCGUGUGCUACUUUCUGCUGUUUACUGUGCUGGGUAGUGUUCUCUUCCCUUCAUUUUACCCAUGGACGUAG